UCCUUUCCUCCCACCUUCCACACAAUCCUUUCAACUGUUCCCAUUUAAACUCCCUCACCAUUACCACCUGCCUUCUCCAUUCAACUCUCAUUACAUUUCCUCAAAUCUCAAAGAAGAGAAGAGAGAAGGAAGAAGAGAAGAUAGGGGAGGUGGGACAUGGAGGUGGUGGUGCGAUUCCAGGACUUCCACUUCGAUAGCACGAGCAGCACCCCCUAUGUUAGUGCUCCGUCGAGCCCGAAGCGCUUCGGCGACCCCUUCGACCUCUACUGCCACUACACCAGCGCUCCGAGCAGCCCGACGCGCGCUGCCGCCAUCUACGCCCACUUCAACACCAUGUCCGCCAACAAUUCCCUUCGCCUUUCAUCGACUUCCCCCCCUUCAGCGAUCCCUUUUGAUUGGGAGGAAAAGCCCGGCACCCCGAAAGCCCGCUCCACCGCCGCCGCCGACACCGAUCAUGACUUCGACUUUGCUUUUGAUUUCAGCGGGCAGCUCGACGAGGCAGGGAUGCCGCCGGCAUUAACAGCAGCCGAUGAGCUCUUUGAGGAGGGGAAGAUACGUCCGCUUAAGCCUCCUCCUAGGCUCCAGUACCCAGUCAUGGAUGACAGGAGCAGCGUUACUGCUUCCUCUCUACGAUCGCCCCGGUCCCCUAAGUCCAAGGGGCUUUGGUCUCCCCGCCACCGAGGGAGGGGAGGAAAGGGAGAAGAGUUUGACCCCUUCACCGCAGCGAUGGUGGAAGCAACAAGAGAGAGAGGGAGGGAGAGAGCUCCCACCUCUCUCGCUAUCCCUUCCUCGAGAAGCAGGAAGGGGUCGAGAUCGCUCUCUCCCCUAAGGGGAGGAGGAGGAGGAGGAGGAGGAGGAGGAGGCUUCUUUCAAAAGCCUCUGAAUUCUCCUCCUCCCACCGCCGCCACUUCUUCCACCAACACGCCGAAGAGUGGUGGGAGCAAGAAGUGGCGGCUGAGGGACUUGCUCCUGUUUCGCAGCGCGUCAGAAGGACGCGCCACCGGAAACAGGAGCAAGGACCCUCUCCGAAAGUACAUAUUGCUAUCCACAUCCAACUCCUCAUCCAUUUCGUCGCCGGUAUCUAAGAAGAAGGUCUUAAGUAGGGAAGAGGACCUGAGGAAUUCGAGCUUCAGGUCGGUUGACAGCAAUGGGUCGACGCGAAGGGGGAACCAAUCCGGAGUCUCCGCACAUGAGACGCACUACACCGUGAACCGGGCUGCGACAGAGGAGAUGAAGAAGAAGACACCGCUGCCUUACCGACAGAAUCUCUUCAGCUGCCUCCGCUUCAACCCGGCCGUCAACAGGAUUGCCAGGGGGUUCGGCAGCUCGUUCACCCACAGGCGAUCCUAAUGAAACCAGAUGACUGCUUGUGUGCGCUUAUAGAUUUAUUCUUCAGCAUUCAUGCAAAGCCUGUUUCUUUUUCCCUUAUUCCUGAAUUGGGAAUGUGAUCAUAAUUUUGAUGGUAUGUUUAUGUACGUAUGUCCUUCCUCUUUUUUUUUUUUUUGGUGUGUGUUACAUCUUGUAAUAAGAAGAUUUGAGCUUAUAUACACAGGGUUUUCCUUGCUCCAA